AUGGGGUUAUCACUGACCAAGGCAGCCCAGUGGACCACGGCCAGCUCCGGUACUGGCAAACUGGAGUUCACACCAAUGAAUGAGUCCUUGUUGAAAGAAAUCCUGCGCUUUGUGGAGCGGUUCAGUUCCCAACACCCACAGGAGGCAGAGCAUGUGUUUGAGGAGCCACUCCAGUGGAGGACCACUUUAGUGGCAUCUGAUUUCAAAACAGACUAUGACAUCAGUGACUCAGCUGUACAGUCCCACGAAAAAGAUAGUGAAGGGCUUCCAUUGUUGCAGCUCUCUCCUCCUGCUGUUUAUGUACGCAGCUUCAGCCAGCUCUCUAAACUAGUUCAUCUGGCAGAUGGUAAGAAGCUGGAGGAGGUUCGAGCAUGUCUAGAAGAAAACAGAGACCCUGUGGUUAAGAUUCUUGGUAGGAGCUUCGCCACUACCUUGGAGAGAGAAGACGCCCAAACUGAUGCCCUAAGUGUGGUGGACAAAGUGAAAGACCCAGCCAAGGAGGUCAAAGGCAAGCUGUUUCUCUUUCUCCAAAAAAUGGACAAACAGAUCCUCAGCAAGCUUCUUGAAGAAAUCUCAGAAAAAGUCAGUCUUGACCCCGCUGCAGCGAAGAAUGAAGUGGAGUUGCUGAAGCAGCUCUGCAGUGACGGGGAAAAGAGGGUGUUGAAGUCGCUUCGAUACACAUCAGAAUUUGAAUUUUCAAAUGGCUGCCGCACCCCUCUGUGGAGACAGGUACAUGGUGAGAUUUGUUACCUUGUGAUUGAGCCUUGUGACGCUGAGACCCUAUACAUCACCUACAGCACUGCUGGAGUUUUUCUUAAUGAGGGCAUAAAACAGGAGGGGGAGGAGAGUGGCUACGAGCGAACAAGUGAUGUGUACGCGGACCUGGUAACACUUCUGAAGAGCAGAUCUCCGCAUUUUGCUAAAAACAUAAACAAACAGGAUUUUGCAGCUCAAGAACUUCCAUCAACACAUAAGAUUCAGCAUGUGGAAUCGGUUGAUGGAGAGGAACAAGGCCAACCCCAGAGGUCUUACGAGCAACAGGAAAAGAAUGUGCAUGAGAAGGCGAAACAACAGCAUACGGUGAACAAGGCAGGCGGCAGGAACAAAAAUGAAAUGUGUCCUAGAUGGAGCAGUUUUGCUCUCCUGUCUACGUUUGGUAAAGCAGAAGAAGAGGAACCCAGUAAGAGCUCUGGGGAGGAGAAGAAAAAGCUGACACUCGGCACCAGGAGCAAGAUAAAAGCAGAAUUCUCUGCUUCUUCUUCAGCUGUACGCCAGUCCUCUCAGAAAAUGAAGACCUCAGCAGGAGCCAUGCCAGGGGAACUUACCAGUGAGAGUUCCACUGAGAGUGAGGAGGAAGAGGAGCAGCCAGAGCGCCGUCUAGAGGGUGACAUCGACCGGCUUCCUGAAUACUGGCAAAUCCAGAAACUGUUCAGGUACCUCAAGGCAGGCAACCAGACAACCACAGCGCUCACUCUUUGCGCCAUGAUGGACCUUAAUUUGAUGCAGGAGACAUGCCAACUGAUCAUCCGGGACCUAGGUGGCCUUGAAAUCCUCCUUAACUUGCUGGAUACAAUAGAAGUCCGAUGCAAAAUUGGAUCUCUGAAAAUCCUUCGGAAGAUUAGCCACAACGUGCAAAUCAGUCGGACUAUUGUUUACACGAGUGGCCUGCAGAAGAUUGUGACAAUUCUGGACUUGCCAGAUAAGGACCUCAAGGCCUUAGCUGCUGAGACCAUUGCUAACGUGGCCCGGUUCCGCAGAGCAAGAAGAACCGUCAGGAAGUUAAAUGGUAUUAAGAAACUGGUGAAGCUACUGGACUGCGUCCCUAAUUUAGCCAAACUGACUGAAAACCAGGAAAAGGAUGUAGAGGUGGCCCGCUGUGGAGUUUUAGCGCUGUGGAGCUGCAGCAAGAGUCGCAAGAACAAGGAGGCCAUUCGUAAGGCUGGGGGUAUCCCUCUGCUGGGACGCCUGCUCAAGUCUCCACAUGCGAACAUGCUUAUCCCUGUGGUGGGCACCCUGCAGGAAUGCGCCUCAGAGGAAAGCUGCAGGAUUGCCAUUCAGACCAAAGGCAUGAUUAAGGACUUGGUAAAAAACCUGAGAAGUGACAAUGAAGAGCUACAAAUGCAUUGUGCCAGUGCAAUCUUCAAGUGUGCAGAGGAAGAACAAACUCGUGAUCUGGUGCGCAAAUACAAAGGUCUGCAGCAACUGGUUUCCUUGCUGGGCAAAGCGGACAACAAGCAGCUUCUGGCUGCUGCCACCGGAGCUAUUUGGAAGUGUUCCAUCAGCACGGAGAAUGUGGCUGAGUUUCAGAAGUACAACGUUCUGCAGACCUUGGUUGGUCUGUUAACUUAUCAGCCUGACGAAGUCCUGGUCAAUGUGGUGGGAGCUCUGGGAGAAUUUGCACAGAUACCUGCUAACAAGGCCACCAUUGGCAAGUGUGGAGGCAUCAAGCCGCUAGUUAACCUGCUGACUGGAACAGACCAGGCGCUGCUUGUGAAUGUAACCAAGGCAGUGGGUGCCUGUGCCACAGAUAAGGAUAACAUGACAAUCAUCCAACAGCUUGAUGGAGUCCGCCUGGUGUGGUCACUGCUGAAAAACCCCAGUCCAGAUGUUCAAUCUAGUGCUGCUUGGGCCCUUUGUCCAUGUAUUGAGAAUGCAAAGGAUGCAGGGGAAAUGGUGCGCUCCCUUGUCGGUGGAUUGACUCUGAUUCUUUAUUUGCUGAAGUCAACAAACAACGAGGUGCUGGCAAGCAUUUGUGCUGCCAUCACCAAAAUAGCCAGAGACGAGGACAAUCUGGCAGUCAUCACUGAUCUCGGGGUUAUCCCGUUGCUGACCAAGCUGACUGAUACAACUGAUGACAGGCUCCGUCACCACCUGGCUGAAGCCAUCCACUACUGCUGCAUGUGGGGCAGCAAUAGGGAAUCCUUCGGUAAGGUUGGAGCUGUAGCUCCGCUGGUGCGUUUCCUUAAAUCAAAGGACGCUGCGGUCCACCUGAGCACAGCCAAGGCCCUGUACCAACUGUCCUGGGACCCCAACAAUGUCAUCAUCAUGCAUGCGACAAAAGUGGUGAAGCCCCUGUUGCAAAUGAUGCGCUCUGAUGUCGAGGAGCUCCAGGAAUACGCCAGCGGCUGUGUGCGCCACAUCCGAAAGCUGUUCCUCGCUAAUUUGUAUCACUGCUUGUCUUAUUGACGGCCAUUGUUCCAUUCAUAACUACAGUCGCAGUGUUGGGGGAAGAGUUUUG